AUGGUGGACUCGAGCGGCGCCACCAGGUUCCUCACGGGAGUGUGGAACGGGCUAUGGUUCAGCGGCAUCCCGGAGAUGGCGUCCUACGCCGACGAGUUCGCGUACCAGAUGACGGGGCCCGGGACAUCUGCGACAAGCACGACAUGUGCGAGACCGUCCGGCGUGUGGAACGCCAGCGGCGGCGGCGCUGUCGCGUCGUGGGGUUCAGCCCGUGUCCCAGACGGGUGCCGGCAGAACGUGCCGCUGGACUGCGGCGGCGAUGGCGAUGGUGACGGUGGCAGGAGGUCCACCGGCAGCACCGACUGGUUCGCCGUUUUGCCGGGAGUGAAGCUGCCGGACAUGGUCGACUCGCGGUCGCUGGACACGAGCGUCACGUUGGAUCAGUGCAGGGCGAGGUGCCUUGCCAACUGCUCCUGCGUGGCGUAUGCCGCGGCGGACAUACGAGGAGGAGGCGACGGCACAGGAUGCCUCAUGUGGGCACGAAACCUCAUUGACCUACGGUACGUAGAUGGAGGCCAGACCCUCUACCUACGCCAGGCUAGGCCUGUAUCUGAGGCGGUACAAACCGCCCAUAGUCCCCCUGUUGCUCCCAUUGCUCUGGCCAUCGUCAAGAGCGCAACAAGAAAUUUCUCCAGGCGGAAUGUGGUCGGUGAAGGUACACUGGGAGAUGUCCUACAACAAAGAAAUUAG